ACAUACGGUAAAUACAGGCCAAUAUUUAUAUAACGAAAAUUGGUAGUUGGUUUUAUAAUUUUCAACAGUACUUUCUCUACUUGUAUAAAAUGAUUUUAACAACUUUCUAUUCAUAAAACGACAACAAGUGAUACAAAAUGGCACCUCAAUCUCAAGCGGACAAGCUUGGUAACCUGUUAAAGUGGUGUCAAAUACAAACCAGAGGAUACGAGAAAUAUGGGGUUAACGUAAAGAAUUUUACAACGUCGUUUAAAAAUGGUAUGGCUUUUUGUGCCAUGAUUCACAACUAUGGACCGGAUUUAAUCAAUAUGGAGGAACUUAAUCCAGAUGAUGUUUUCUACAAUAAUCAUCUUGCAUUUACAGUUGGCUUUACUCAUUUCAAUAUACCGCAGUAUUUAGAAGCCGAAGAUAUGGUUGCUAUGAGAGUUCCGGACAGAUUAUGUAUUAUUACCUAUAUAUCGGGCAUGUAUAAAGAAUUAGCUAAGAGAGAGAAACAAACUGCUAAAACACCUAUAAAAAAGACUCCUAGUGAUGAAGUAAAAUCAAAUAUAUCCAAUAAACCUGUGCGUCCUACUGCAAGUACCGAAAGCAAUUGUUCUCGUUGUAGGCAUUGUUCGAAAUCUGUAGAGUUUCUUAUCGAAAGAGCUUUCAGCAACGGCGUUUUGUAUCAUAGGAGGUGUUUAUCGCAAAAAAAUCGAGAAAAUUUGACAUUCGUUGGAACGAAAACCAGCUCUGAUCCAGUUAGCGCAACAAAGCCGAUAGUGAGUACUUCUAUCGUAACCUCCUCUACCUCAAACGUUACAAGUCAUAGGAAACCCGAUGUUAUAAUAGACCAAAAUUCUAAGAAAUUCGAUUCCAAAGCUGAUCAUAAUUCCAGAAAACCAGAUAUUUUAAAAGAACAAGAUUUUAGGAAACCGUCUGCGAACAUUGCCGAUAGUAAGAGUAAAGUUUUAACCAGCACGAUUCACCAUCGCAUAAACAAUACUAGUCAGUCAAAACCAAAUGACAAUUUACAACAUGGGCUUAAACAUGACUCAAAACCAACACCAUCAGCUAGUGAAGAAGGAAAAUUUCAACCAAUAUCCCCCAAUAAUCGCACAGGAAGUGUGGUAUCACCGGAAGGGUUAAAAAUUUUUAAACCACUCAAUCGUGUUGAAAAUCGUGAACAACAACCCACCAUAAUUCAAAAGUUUCCAACAACGGUUGGUAAUACUACAGGUCCUACGAUUAUCGGACAGCCGCCCAAAACUAAUUUUGGAUCUAACAAUGGCGUUUGGAAACCAGUUAGACCAAAAGAAAAAAUUAUGAAAGAUCCACCAAUAAAUAGUGUAAGCACAGAAAAUAGCUUAUCACCGAAUGGAAAAGAAAAAACUGUGGAUAAACCUCCAGAUAGAAAACCCACUAUAAUCGGACAUUGUGUUAUGAAACCAGUUAUUCCUAGAAAUAACGUAUGUCAAGAAUGCGGUAAAAUAAUAUCGAGACCGUUCGAAGAGAUAAAAGAAAAUGAGAAAUUUUAUCAUCAGCGAUGUUUGAAUAAGAAGAGAAAAAAUCUCGCCUCGCAGCCAGAGCAAGUUAUUGAAGUGGAAAAAGUCCCUAAAAGUCCUAUAAACAACAAUAAACAGGAGAUUUUACCUCCAAAACCGUUAAGACCACCUAAUCCACCAAACUUAAAAUUGCACAACAGGCCUAUGGAAAGCUACGAAAAUAACCCAGUUAAACCUCCAAGAGGAAUACCCGACGUAGUUGAUAGUAAUCAAAAGAAAACUAUCAAUACGGAGAAAUUAAACGAAAGCGAUAAAAAAUUAUUAGAAAUUAAGAAUCAAUUGGAUAAACUUGAAGUUAAAGGACGUAGAAUUGAAGAAUUAUAUAGAAUAGAGGAAACUAAACCAUCGGGAAAUCCUGAUGGAAUACUUCCAGAAUUCCUUUCGGUUAUUACCGAAAAGAAUGAGCUAGUUAGAUUAGAGGAAGAUAUAAUCUAUAAGAGAAGAAAUGAAGAGUUAGAAAAGGAACAAAAAGCUUUAUUAGAAAAAUAUUAUAAAUUAAAAGAGAAAUUAGGAGAAGGUAAUUAUUCAAAAUCAUUAAAAGAAUUAGAAGAGAGAAUAGUUAAAAUAGUUGAAGAAAGGAAUAGAGUAGUUCAAAAUGUAGAAGAAGCAAGGAAGAGAAUUUUAGAAGAAGACGAAUACGUUCAAACUAUGCUCGAUUUAAAAUUUAAGGGUGUUGGUGGCCAGGAAAGAUAUAUCUCCUAAUUUUUAGAUUAUACUCUUUUUUUUUACUAUUAAUAAUUCAAAGAAAACAAAUUUUAUAUUCAGUAUAUAUAUAUAUAUAUUUCUUAUUAAGGAAAGACUGCCAGAAUAUGAAACACAAAUAAAGAGUUUUACACAAAGAAAGAGAAAAAGAGAGAGAGAGAGAGAGAGAGAGAGAGAAACAAAACGAAUGAUGAAUUUGAGAAUAAAAUCUCCUUAUUCUUUAUCUAUCUAUCUAUCUCUCUCUUUCUGUGUGCCUCAUAAACAGAAAUAUAACUAUGCAAAUUUCAAUGAACCUUAGAUAUUUUGUCUAAUUUUGGACAUUUUAAAGUUAUAAUAAUAAAGUCUAUAUUCCAUAUUCU